GCUAUCAUCAUUCUUCCGGGAAGAGGAAAAGGUUUCUUCGAUCGUCGAAGAGAUUCUUUGGAUCAGUCUCCUUCCUGGGUCAAUCUUCGAUUCAGCUCUCUUUUUAUUCUAUAGGUUUCGGGAAGCUGCUAUGUUAUUUGAGUGUCUUACCAAGAAACCACCUUCGCUUAUUGAUCUUUGCGUUAGGAAAGCUAUUGAUAAUGUAAAGUACAUUGGCUAUGUUGGUGGGGUUGAUUUUCAGCUCCUUGAGCAGAUUCUGCAACACUGUACACUAGAACAGCUGAAGCACAUAGAGGAUUCUACUCAAGACACAGAUCUUAGUCCAGUCACCGAUAAGUUUUGGAAGGGAUUCUAUAAGAAGCACUAUGGUGAAGAGGACAUGAAUGAACUUAUAGAGGACCUGGAGUGGAAAAAAUUGAGUUACAAAUGGAGGAAUUUAUAUGAGUUGAAGGUUAUAGCUGUGCAAGAAAAGGAGGAGGAACUUGGUGGUCGACUGAAAGAACGCUACAAGGACGAAAAUGAAAGGAAACAAAGUCGACAAACUAAAGUCUGCUCGAAAGCUCCUCCCAGCAAAAGACCAUUUUGGGGUAAUAGUGCAUCAGGUUACAAUCUUGGGAAUGUGAAGAGCAACAUCAUGAAGAAGGCAAAACUAGAUCUGUUGAAGAGUCAAGAAGUGAAAAAUCUUACUGCGAUUAAAAGGAACACGAUUCAGAAGAGUUUCAGUAUUUCUACUCCAAAGAGGACUGGCUUAUCUGCGAAUGCGCCUUCAACUUCAAGAAGCAUUCCUUAUGGUGGACGAAAUCUUACUGAAACUAAAAGGAACACGAUUCAGAAGAGUUUCAGUAUUUCUGCUCCAAAGAGGACUGGCUUAUCCGCGAAUGCGACUUCAACUUCAAGAAGCAUUCCUUCUGGUGGACAAAAGCCACCUCCAAAGAGGAUCAACGGCCUUCCUGGGACUGCUCCUUCAACUUCAAAAAAUGCAGCCACCAGACAAAAACAUGUAAUGUAACUUACAUAGCUUUUUUACAGAUCAUUUUUUCUUCAAGUGUAUCAUUUACAUGGCUACUUCAAGUUUCAAGAACUCCGAAUUUUGAAACUCUGUAGCUUGAUGAUAUCCUAUUUUGUAACAAUAAAUUUUCAAAAGUUUU